AUGCUGCAGGCCAACAAUUACUUCUUGGUGCUCCUGAUCCAGCUCUCACUCCUGACCUUUGACCUCUUUGUGAACUCCUUCUGUGAGCUGCUCAGGACUGUGCCAGUCUUUCAGCUGCUUUUCUUCAUUAUCCAGGAUAUUUCCAUCCUGCUUAACUUGUUCAUCUUCCUGCUGAUGCUUUUCAACACCUACGUGUUCCAGGUGGGCCUGAUAUUUCUCCUGCUGGAGCGCUUUAGAGCCUUGCUGCUUACUGCUCUGCUGUACCUGACCCUCAGCAUCACCCUUCACUCCUGGAUCAUGAAUCUCCGCUGGCUGAAUUCAAACCAUUAUGUAUGGACAGAUGGACUUCAGGUUCUAUUUGUCUUCCACAGGCUAGCUGCAGUGUUGUAUUACUACCUCUACAAGCGUGCUGCGGAGUAUCUGAGUGACCCAAAGCUCUAUGAGGACUCUCUCUGGCUGCGGGAGGCCUUUGCACACUAUCAACAGUAA